AUGAACAUAAGUGACCAAAUUGUCGAAGGCCAACUGGGGUUUCAAUCGAUUUUGAGGCGUAACGAGUACGACUACGGCGACGAUUACCCGAGUGAUGCCGACUGGGGCAGUUUCUACUAUCCUGUGUGCGAUGAGCAGAUCUGUGAGCACGGGAUCCACAUCAACUGCUUGCCCAAGGAGAUCCUGCUCAAGAUCUUCUCGUUCCUGUCCGCCCGAUGCGUAAGUCAAUCCGUGCUCCCAGUGUGCAAAUAUUGGCACAAACUCGGUCGAGACCCGGUGCUGUGGAAACGGUUGGAGUUCAUCCACCACUCCGAGAACUCCUACGCCAUGAUGAUCAAGACAUGCAGCCUCAAGUACGAGUUCAUGCGCUCCAUCUCGCUCAAGAACUUCCGAUCCUCUCAACAAAUGGAGCGCAUGCUUUGGCACAUCGGCAACAAUUGCUCCCGCUUGCAAGAGGUCCAUCUGUACAAUUGCGCGCUUCGCUCGGAGACGCUGACCCGCUUGGGCAUGACCUGCCCGAACAUUCGCUCCCUGUCCUUGGUGCGGUGCGACGAGAACUACCGGAAGAAUCACUACCUCUGGGCCUACAUGAAGGACGCCUCGUUCGUCGUGUCCUUCCCCAAGCUCACCUCACUCGUUCUCUUCCGCACCCUGGCCACGUUGUCCUACGACGAUGCGCAGAACAUCGUGCGGGUGUGCAAGAAUCUCAAGAAGCUUGUGCUCGACUGCGACUUUUGGGGGCGGGCCAUCCGCCUGAUCAUCGCGUCGCUCCGGAACUCAAUCGAAGUGCUCUGGCUUCAAGGCCGAAACUACAAUGACAGCAUGUGCCAGGAGAUUAGCAAAUGUCAAAAGCUCCGCGAGCUCGGCCUGAACCACGUGGAGAACAUCACGCCGUUCGGCCUUAAGUACAUCGGGUCGUUGAAGAAACUCGAGAAGCUUCUGCUCUUCCACGCCACCAACAUCAGUCCGUUGUGCUUUGCCGAGUUUUUUAAGACCAAUCAGUUCCAUAAUCUCAGCUACGUCAAUUUGUCCGGGUGUCGAGGGGUGGAUGCCCAAGUGAAAACUGUGAUACGAGCCCAUUGUCCGCGCAUUCGAGAAGUCAUCUUCGAAGUGCAGGGCAUUCGGAAGGAGCCGACCUACAUUGAUUUUGACAUCUAUAUCAAUCAUCCGGAGUAA